GUGGGUCUCGAUGAUUUCAACAUCACUGAUCUCUUAACUCUGAUUCUCAAACAUAACUGAAGCUGGACCUGAGUUCACGUCUCUGAGCGUCUUUAAAGCUGGUCAGGGUGGGUCUCGAUGAUUUCAACAUCACUGAUCUCUUAACUUUGAUUCUCAAACAUAACUGAAGCUGGACCUGAGUUCACGUCUCUGAGCGUCUUUAAAGCUACAAGAAACUACAACCUCCAUCUUUGAUCUGACCCUGAAUAGAAGAAGAUGGGCAAUGUGGCGAGCAGAGUAAGGGAGUCAUCGAGGGAGCGAGAGCAGGCAUAUCUGGCCCGUUUCGUGAGGAGACUCACCCAGGGUCCAGAUCUGACAGUAAACAAGAGCAUCGGGAUGUUCACCAGUCUGUCGUCUUCAGAAUACCUGAAUCAACACUUCCAGAGGAGCAAAAUGGAGGCCGGUGACUGCGCUGCAGACUGGAUCAAGAAACUGGUGGAGAAGCUGGCCAACUUCACGCCAGUUCCUCAACUAGCGGGCCUCGGAGCGCUCGCUAUCUCUGUCAUCAUCGAUGUAGUCUCCUUUGUUCCGCCUGAAGAGACCGUAAAGAACACUCUGCAAUCCGUGUUUGCAGAGGAGAAGACCUCCGAGAUCUGGGAUCAGAUCGAUGAGUGCCUGAAGAGGUGUGUCAUGCACAUAGAUAAUGACGAUGAGCUGAAGAGUGACCUGGAGCGCAUCGAGUGCCAGCUGAGCGCCGCGCUCACCAAGCUGAAGAACUUCAUGAUGAGGGACGGGCACAAGUCAUCUCAGGCUCUGAAGGCCUGGGUGAAUGGAGCAGCCUUCCACAUCCAGAUGCUGAUUCACCUGCUGAUACUCAAAAGGAGUCACAAUCUACACAAUCUACACACACAACUACACAAUCUCCUCUUGAUGUAUCCGAUCGACCUGGACCUGCUGUUCGAAAAGCACAAGCAGAUGGUAAAAGGAAAGUGCACUGUCAGAAAGAUCCGUCCCGUUUUCAAAAUUGUUCCUGAUGGUCUUAUAUGGAUGGUGGAUGAAGAUUUAAAGUGGUAUUCCAUAGAUAUGUUAAUCAGCUAUGAGAAAUAUUUUGAGGCAUAUUAUAAUCACAGGUAUGGUCAGCAGAAGGAUAACAUUAAGACGUACUUCAGUGAUGUAAAAGUGGACCUGAACAAGCUGGUUGUUCAAAUAAAGUCCUUCAAUGUCAGCUGAGGGUGAGGCUGAUGAAUCUACAGAGAUAAACUCCUGCACACUGUCUAUCAGGUACAUGGUUCCUGCCAUCUUAAAUAGAAACACCUGCAGUAGGAAGGUACUAAUGUUUACAGUGUGACAGCCUCCAAAUCACAGACAUGGACCACAUCAGUGUACACAAAGAGGACAAAGAGCCACCUUAUAUCUAUAAAAACCUUUAUAAUCAAUACAACAAGGUCUCACACAAUCCCAAUGUAUCAAAAAUCUACAAAUGUUAAAUAACAAUAAUCACAUUGCUCUCAUUACAUUACAGACCUUCUUGUAUGAAAUGUUACACCCAUGUGCAAUGUGUAUGUAUGUACAAUAUGCCCACAUUUGGUUGCAAUCCAAUUCAGCAUUGAAGAGUUACGGCCCAUAAUGUAUCCUGCUUCAAAAGUUCGCUCACCAAUUACAGACACACCAUAAGUGAUACCCAAACACAUCACCAUAAGUCUUGUUCAGCUCCAUCUAAAUAUGCUAUGCACCAAUUUCGGUGAAGAUGAGAUUAAACAUGUGCCAAAAGAAGAAGAAUAAAAUCCAAAAUUGUGGAAUAUUUUCCAGGCAUGAA